CCAGAUUGUCGUCCAGUCAUAUAUGAGAGCCUGGUUUGACUAGCCUCUGUCUAUUCCUUUUUCCUUGUUGUCUGAGUCGCCUAGAAUUGACCUAAAGAGCAAGAACACAGUGCAGUCACGCCGCAAGGCAGUCGAGCAAAAUACUUAUCAGAUCUUUGCUUCGGCGCCCUCCUGCUUGGAGACGGCUUUCUCGUUUCAACAUGGCGCUCAAUGCCGCAUCACAUAAUAUAACUGGCGAGCCGACUGGUUCUCCUUCUGGUCCACCGCCUCCAGUAUCCUCCGAGAUAACCUCUGCGGCGAAAGGCUCGGCUGCACAAGACGCCAUGGGUCAAAAUGUCCCCGGGAAGGACCUGCAAAACAACGAGAAAGGUCAAACCGUGAUGGGCGAAGCAGGCAAGGAGAAGACUGCAAAAGAAAUUGAGAGAGAACGUAAGAAGGCCGAGAAGCUCGCCAAGUUCCAAGAAAAGCAGAAGAAACAAACUGCGCCCGCUCCCGCCGCUGAUGCUCCGAAGACCGCAAAGAAGGAAAAGGUCAAGAAGGCCGCCGCCGUUGAUGCCUACGAGCCGCAGAAGAUCGAAUCUGGCCGCUAUGAGUGGUGGGAAAGCAGGGGCUACUUCAAGCCACAGUUUACGAAGGAGGGCAAGAUCAAACCAGAGGGCAAGUUCGUCAUUCCGAUACCUCCUCCCAAUGUGACGGGAUCACUGCACAUGGGCCACGCCCUUACGAACGCAUUACAAGACACGAUGAUCCGACAUGCAAGAAUGAAGGGAAAGACUACGGCCUGGAUUCCUGGCUGUGAUCACGCCGGUAUAGCUACUCAAAGCGUGGUGGAAAAGAUGGUUUACAAGACCGAGGGCAAGACCCGGCACGAUCUGGGCAGAGAGGUUUUACUGGAGAAGAUUUGGAGCUGGAAGCAGAAAUACCACGCCAACAUCACUAACCAGCUCAAACGUCUGGGAGGGUCCAUGGAUUGGACGCGGGAAGCAUUUACCAUGGACGAUGAGCGCUCCUUUGCCGUGCGGAAAACCUUUGUCGACCUCUUCGAAGAGGGUAUCAUUUACAGGGCGGACAGGUUGGUGAAUUGGUGCUCUGCUCUUUGUACCUCUCUGUCGAAUCUCGAAGUGGACAACAAGGAGCUUAAAGGGCGGACGAAGUUGAAAGUGCCUGGCUAUGACAAGAUGAUCGAAUUCGGUGUUCUCACCUACUUCAAAUAUCCCAUCAGCAAGGGAGAUGACUCGCACAAAACUUCGACCUCACCAGACCGCUUCAGGGGCUAUGAGUUCAUCGAGAUCGCUACAACCCGUCCGGAAACCAUGCUUGGCGAUACAGCUAUUGCCGUGCAUCCUGAUGACAAGAGAUACAAGCAUCUCGUGGGCAAGCUGGCCAUUCACCCCUUCAUUCCCGAUCGCAAGAUCAUAAUCAUUGCGGAUGAGGAAGUGGAGAUGGACUUUGGUACUGGUGCGGUGAAGAUCACCCCUGCGCACGACCCCAACGAUUUCACCAAGGGCAAGAAGCACAACCUGGAAUUCAUCAAUAUUCUCAAUGAUGACGGCACGUUAAAUGCGAAUGCAGGGCCCUAUGCGGGCCAAAAAAGGUUUGAUGCCCGUUAUGCUGUCAUCAACGACUUGAAAGCGCUCGGCUUGUACACGAAGCAGGAAGACAACGCAAUGACCAUUCCGAUGUGCCAGAGGAGCAAAGAUGUGAUUGAACCAGUCCUGAAACCACAGUGGUGGAUGAGGAUGGCUGAUAUGGCUAAGGCCGCGGACGAAGCGGUCCUGGACGGCCGGAUCCUCAUCAAACCUGAAUCGGAAUCCCGACGCUUCCAUUUCUGGAUGCAGAAUAUCCAGGAUUGGUGCAUUUCUCGACAACUUUGGUGGGGUCAUCGAGCACCAGCCUACUUUGUUGAGCUUGAAGACAAGACAAGUGACGAAGCCGACAGCAAUUACUGGGUGGGGGCCAUGGACGAGGACGAGGCCCGGGCCAAGGCAGAAAAGAAAUUCCCUGGAAAGAAAUUCACGCUGAGAUGGGAUGAGGAUGUGCUCGAUACUUGGUUCUCCUCCGGGCUGUGGCCAUUUACGACACUUGGGUGGCCGAAAGAGACUUCAGAUAUGCGGGAAUUAUAUCCAACCAGCAUGCUGGAGACCGGAUGGGAUAUUCUAUUCUUCUGGGUGGCCAGGAUGGUCAUGUUUGGUCUGAAAUUGACCGGCGACGUACCCUUCACAGAGGUAUACUGUCAUUCACUGAUUCGAGAUGCAGAGGGCCGGAAGAUGUCCAAGUCACUGGGCAACGUGAUUGACCCGCUGGACAUCAUCAGGGGAAUUACGUUGGAAGAUCUUCACAAGACGCUGUACGCGGGCAACCUUGACACAGCUGAGAUCGAGCGUGCCAAAGCAUACCAGAAGACGGCUUUCCCUAAAGGCAUCGAGGAGUGUGGUGCCGACGCCUUGCGGUUUACGCUGGUAAAUUACACCACUGGCGGAGGCGACGUGGCCUUUGACAUCCGGGAGAUUGAAGCAAAGAGACGGUUCUGCAACAAGAUCUACCAAGCGACUAAUUUCGCGCUGGGAAGACUUGGUGGAGACUUCGUCCCCGAUGCGAGCCCAACGGACAACAAACCAAAGUCACUGGCAGAGAAAUGGAUCCUCCACAGACUCAACACUGCCGCGCAGGAGGUCAAUAAUGCCAUCGAAGGGCGGGAAUUCUCCGUGGCUGCGGGCACGCUGUACCAAUACUGGUUCACCCAGCUGUGUGACACAUUCAUCGAGAACUCGAAAUACAUCCUCACACCAGAGGCUCCUGAAGAUGAGAGAAAGUCAGCCCAGCAGACCUUGUACACAGCACUUGAGGGCGGCUUGCUGCUGAUGCAUCCUCUCAUGCCUUUCUUGACCGAGCAUUUGUGGCAGAAGCUCCCACGUCGGAAGGGCGAUACCACUGAAAGCAUCAUGAUCGCGAAAUACCCCGAGUUCAACGAGAAACUUGACGCUCCCCAAGAAGCUCAGAAAUACGAGUUUAUCAUGGACAUUGCGUCGGGAAUUCGAAGCUUGCUUUCUCAGUACGCUUUUAAGGAACCUGGAGAUCUUAUCAUUCAAACUUACUCGGACUCGGCUUUCAAAACCGUUUCGGAGGAACAGACGUCCAUCAAGUCUCUGGGCGGCAAAUACGCGGGCAAGAUCGAAGUCCUGCCGCCGGCUACGAACUCCCUUCCGCCAGCUGGGUGUGCUUUGCAGAGCAUUAACGCGGACGCCGCUGUGUAUCUGAAGAUUGCCGGACGGAUCGAUGUGGCGGAGGAGUUAAAGAAGCGCCAGAAGAGCAUUGAGGAUGCCCAAGCCCGCGCGGAGAAGAGCAAGAAGAUUAUGAGUGGAGCUGGGUGGGAGAAGGCAAGCAAGGACACAAAGAGGAAGGAGGAAGAGAAGCUGCAGGACGCCGAGAGCGAGGUGAAGAGAUUGGAGGAGGCGAUCAAGGACUUGGAGAGGUUGAAGCUGGAGGGCUGAGAAGAUAUCUGGGCGGCCGUAAGGGCUUCGAAGCAUUGGCCUUCACUUUCACGAUUGUUGUAUCAGAACACUAGCAUUUUCCAAAAAGUCGCAUAAAAGGUGUCUACUUCAAAAUCUUGUUUGACACGGAGAAUCCCAAAUUUCAGGAGACACAGCCUUGCGGGGUGUGCGGGAGGCUGCGCCCCUGGCUAUGGCCUUUUUGAUGGGAUCCGUACAAGGUGUGGCGUUGAUUGAGCCGAACGUAUGAACAGCAGACGACGGAACGCAGCUCGUGGUGGUCGUUGAGACAUGGGGACAAUACUUGGGACCUAGGUAGAAUGCACACAAGGGGCAGAUAGG